AUGGAGAAUAAUACAGAGGUGAAAGAAUUUGUCUUGCUAGGACUAACCAAUGCCCCAGAACUGCAGUUUCCACUCUUUAUAAUAUUCACCCUCAUCUACCUCAUCACUCUAAUUGGGAACCUGGCGAUGAUCAUGUUGAUCCUGCUGGACUCUCAUCUCCACACUCCCAUGUACUUUUUCCUCAGUAACUUGUCUUUAGUGGACUUUGGUUACUCCUCAACAGUCACUCCAAUGGUGAUGUCUGAGUUCCUUAUAGGAAACAAGGUCAUCUCCUACAAUGCAUCUGCUGCUCAGAUGUUCUUUUUUGCAGUCUUAGCCACUGUGGAAAAGUACCUCUUGGCCUCUAUGGCCUAUGACCGCCAUGCAGCAGUGUGUAAACCCCUACAUUAUGCCACCACCAUGACGAUAAGUGUGUGUGCUCGUCUGGCCAUAGGCUCUUAUGUCUUUGGUUUUCUGAAUGCUGCUAUUCACAUUGGAGACACAUUCUGUCUCUCUUUUUGUAUGCCCAAUGUGGUGGAUCACUUUUUCUGUGAUAUUCCAGCAGUCAUGGUUCUGUCUUGCUCUGAUAGGUAUGUAAGUGAGCUGGUUGUUCUUUAUGUAGCCAGCUUCAAUGUCCUUCUUGCUCUCUUGAUUGUCAUCAUAUCUUAUAUUUUCAUAUUUAUCACCAUCCUAAAGAUGCACUCAGCGGUAGGAUAUCAGAAGGCUUUAUCCACCUGUGUCUCCCACAUCAUUGCAGUCUCCAUCUUCUAUGGGACUAUUAUCUUUAUGUACUUACAGCCCAGCUCCAGUCAGUCCAUGGACACAGACAAAAUUGCAUCUGUGUUUUACACUAUGUUCAUCCCCAUGCUGAACCCUAUGGUCUAUAGCCUGAGGAACAAAGAGGUCAAGAAUGCAUUCAAGAAGGUUAGUGACAAAGCAAAAUAUUCUCUGGGUUCAGUCUUUUAA